AUGAGUUCAAUGGAAAGUGGCUCAUCUGGACAAGCUAACGGAAACAGCCAUUAUGAGGAAGGGUUCUUUGAUGGGUUUCCUCACCCUGAAGUGGAUCUCCCUCAAGAAAGUGCCAACAAUCGCCUUAGCACUGCUCCUCUUCAUGAAGCUCCUAAUGUUGAAGGGUUUCUCCAGCCAGUAGUGAAUCUCCCUCAACAAGGUGACAACAAUCGUCUCAGCACUGCUCCUCCUCAAGAAGCUCCUAAUGUUGAUGUUCAGCCAGUACUGAAUCUCCCUCAACAAGAUGACAACAACAAUGGUACCAGUUCUGAUGUUCUGCUUCAUCAAACCCCUGUAGCACCGGAUUCUAACAUUACCUCUUCAAACUCCCUUGCUGGAAGCAACUCGAACACAGUGAACAUUCCAAGAAAAAGAAGCUUUCCUGACCAUGCUUCUGGAAAUUUUCAUCGGGGUGAAAGUUCAAGCAUGGGUCAACAACACAGUGGAGAGGAUAAAAGGCUUGCUACUGAGUCUGAGGUGAGAGCUAACAACAAUGUGAACCCACCCAAUGCAGGAGCACCUAUUCCACCAAACAAUGCAGGAGCACCUAUUCGCCAACGCAAUGGAGGGGUACCUGUUCGGCCACGCAUUGCACGGGCACCUAUUCGGCCACGCAUUGCACGGACACCUAUUUCAAUGCAGAAUGCAGGAGCACCUAUUCGACCACCCAAUACGCGUGCUAAUGGAAACGCUAAUACUAAUAUUGGGAGAAACGCUUCUCAUGCUGUGAUACCAAGCCAAGCGAGUUUGUAUUUCAACGGAGCCCGUCAGCCUUCUCACCCAUGCUUUCGUCCCGUUCAGCCUAUAACUUUUCAGGCUAGUUCAUUCAUGUCCAGUGCUACCCCCACUGUUAACAACAUAAUCGUGAGGACUAUUCCUGACUCAAGAUCAUCCCCUUGCCCACAUCCUAGGUUCGAUAUUGUAAUUCCAUUUUAUGAACAUCCUAGCACUUCAACAUGGGCUCCGCCACAGGCCUCACCAGGAAUGAACCAUUCUGCCGGAGCAAAUAGUUCUGGCACUCAGAACCAUCAGAGUCCUCAGCAAACAUCAGCAUCUGCAACUCCACCCAAUGUUGUUUCUGCUGAAACGAGAAGAAGUCUUCCACCUCAGGUCCAAACUAUCGUGGAUUCUCUAAGCCAUGGUCGCGGUCUAAUAUUCGAGGUAGAUUUUCGCACAAAUACGUUUGAGCAGAUACAGAGCCCUGAACCAUCUACGGGACUGAGUCUGGAAACGAUCAUGCAGCGCAUGGAGAGUGAGACUUAUCAGGAUGUUCGUGGAGAUCAUCCAGAAGGAAAUACAGAAAGAUGCCCCGUCUGUGUGGAAAAAUUUGAAAACGGAUCGCAAAUCGGGAAGCUGCAUUCAUGUGAGCACAAGUUUCACUUUGAUUGCAUCAAACAGUGGCUCCUGCAGAAAAACAUUUGUCCAGUUUGCAGAAGAGUUGCGGUUCAAGUCUUAAAGAUAUACACAGUUGAGGUACAGAGUGUGAGAAAUUGCGUGACACAAAGCUCUCAACUUUCACUGCUGUUCAGUGCCCUUAUUUCAGCAGAUCCAGUGGGUGGCUCAGCUGGACAUGAUAAUGCAAACAACCAAAAUGAAUCCAGCCCUCACCUUUCAAUUGAAACCUUGGAGAGGUUGCUUCCUUUAUUUCCCCGCAUUUCUACUGAGGAAGGGUUUCCUCAGCCAGAACUGAAUCUCCCUCAACACGGUGCCAACAACAGUGGUACCAGAACUAAUGUUCCAAUUCAUGAAACCCCUUUUAUAGCGCCGGAAUCAAACCUUUUCUCUUCAAGCUCCUUUUUUGGAACUCCUCCAAAUCGUUCGGAAAAUGUAGAUUUGUCUCUGAAUUUUGGCUUAAGCCGUCAGGGUGCAACAAUAUCUUCUGCUGUGAUUCCAAGUUCAAAUGUUGCACCUAGCGUGCAUGGAAGCAACUCAAACUCAGUGAACAUUCCCAGAAAAAGGAGUUUCCCUGAUCAUGUUUCUCGAGAAUUUCAUCAAGGUGAAAGUUCAAACAUGGGUCAAGAAACUGGAGAAAUCAAGAGAGCUGCUACCGAGUCUCACGUGAUAGCUAACAAUAAUAUGAACUCAUCACCACCAUCAUUUUCUCUUAUGCAACAACAACAUCAAUUCCUACGUGAUGACCAUGCUAAUCCAAAUAAUGCAAUAACAACUGUCCCUCCACCCAUUACGCGAGCUAACAGGAUCACUAAUAAUGAAAGAAGAGAUUAUCAUGGUCUGAUACCAAGCGAAGCGAGUUCGUACUUCAAUGGAGGCUCAACACAUUCCCUACAGUCUCCUCUUCAAUCUUCUUCACAUGCCCUGAUACUAAGCGAAGCAAGUUUACAUUUCAAUGGAGGCUCAACAGAUUCCGUACAUACUUCUCUCCAAUCUUCACAUUCGGUUCAUCCUCUUUCUUUUCAUAGUUGGUCAUUCAUGUCAAAUUCUAGCUCCAAUGUUAACAUUAUAAGCAUGAGAAAUGCUCCUCACUCAAUUUCUUCCCCAUGUCCACAUGCUGGAGGGGAUACCAUGAUUCCAUUUUAUGAAAACGGAAACAACAUGGUUGGUCCCCUUCUUACGUCUAUGGGUAAUUUUCCCACUUAUCGACCAAACAGGUCUUACGUUGAUACUAAUUCUGAUACUGAUCGUGAGACUGCUAGAAGGGCUCUUUCUUUUGUUCUCCCACAUCAGUUUGAACCCUCGGAAUCGGAAACACUGGAAUUACUACCUGGAAUUGUGGGCAAUUUGGGUAGAGUUCGUAAUGCUCAAGCGAAUACGUACUACCCUCUGAGUGAUCAUGCUAGCUCUUCAACUUGGGUUCCUCCACAAGGCUCACGAGGAAUGCACCAUUCUGAUGCAGCAAGUGGCACCUCGAACCACCAUAGUCUUGGGGAAAUACCACCAUUUCCUUCUCUUGAAACGUUAAGAGCGUUUCCAUCUGAGUUUCAAUCGCUCCUGCAUUCUCUCAGAGAUGGUCGUGGUCUAAUGCUCGAGCAGAUAGAGAACCCCGAAAUAUUUGAGAUGUCGCCACCAUCCACGGGACUGAGUCAGGAAAUGAUCGCGCAGCACAUGGAGCGUGAGACUUUCCUGGUUGUUGAUGAAGAUAAUCCAGAAGAAGAUCAAGAAAAAUGCCCCGUCUGUCUGGAAGAAUAUGCCAACGGAGAGGAUAUCGGGAAGCUGCAUUCAUGUGUGCACAAGUUUCACUUUCAUUGCAUCAAACAGUGGCUAAUGCAGAAGAAUCUUUGUCCCGUCUGCAGAAGAACUGCAUUAGACAUGAUUAUAUUUGAAUAA